UCAGCUGUCUUCUUUGGUUUUGGCGCUAUUUACAAAAAAAGGAAAUAAGUUCGUAUGGUAUGGUAUGGUAAAGUGAAAUAGACGUAGUACGCACAAUAUAAUUGCAAAAUAAGUUAUAACAACUAUAAAAAGUAUUGAAGUGCAUUUAAAAAUGCCGGAAUAUAUAAUCGCCGGCAUACCGGUGCAUUUUCCGUUUGAACCUUACGAUGUGCAAACGGCAUAUAUGGAAAAAGUAAUCAGCUGCCUACGCGAUGGCACGAAUGGUGUGCUGGAGUCUCCAACUGGAACUGGCAAAACAUUGAGUCUACUAUGUUCAUCUCUAGCCUGGUUAUUGUCGCGAAAAGCGGAUAUGCAAUCGUUAGUACAAAGGAAUGCAAGAGGUGGAGCAGCAGCACAACAAGCGGUGAAUGAAUUCAAUGCAAUACAGUCGAGAAAUGCCAGCUGGGGCAUACCAAAAAUUAUAUAUGCCUCGCGUACACAUUCCCAAUUAACGCAAGCCAUGCAGGAGUUGAAACGUACAUCAUAUUCUUUUAUGCGCGCUGUAGUUUUAGGAUCGCGCGAUCAAUUAUGCAUUCAUCCAGAAGUUAUGCGAGAACAGGGCAAUUCCAACAAAGUACAACUUUGUAAAUUGCGCAUACAAACGCGCACUUGUUCAUUCUAUAACCGUGUGGAAUCAAAAAAAGACAGUCCCGAAUUAAAAGAACAAUCCAUAAUGGAUAUUGAAGAUUUGGUCAAAGUAGGACAGAAACUUAAAGUGUGUCCCUAUUUUGCAUCUAAAGAGUUGACUAGUGACGCGGAUAUAACAUUUAUGCCAUACAAUUAUCUUUUGGAUCCAAAAGCACGUAAAGCAAAUAAAGUUGACCUGAACAAUACAAUUGUAAUAUUAGAUGAGGCGCAUAACAUAGAGAAAAUUUGUGAGGAAUCUGCAUCUGUGCAAAUACGUUCGUCGGACAUAGCCUUGGCUAUUGACGAUGUGACGCAUGUAAUGAAGGCAAUGAUGAGCGAGAACGCGUUAGAUUUUAUGAGCAAUGACGAACCGAAAGACUUUAAAUUAGAAGAUUUGGCGCUACUUAAAGAGAUGCUGUUGAACCUGGAGAAAGGCAUUGAUGAUAUUGUAGUCGAAAACAAAACGGAGGGGACCACAUUUCCACCUGCUUUUAUGUUUGAUCUGUUAGCUGGAGCAAAAUUCACUCCAGCUACAGCACCUGCAACAAUAAGUUUGUUAGAACGGCUCGUUCAAUUUAUGACUGUUCAGUCUCAAGAUAGCGCAUUUCGAAAAGGUGGUAGCUUCGAAGUGCUUUCGAACCUGCUAAGCGUCGUAUUCGUUAAAAAGGAAGAUAUUAUAGCAAAGGUGCUCAGAAGCUUCAAAGUGCAUGUGCAAAUCGAAGAAUUGAAACAGAACACCAAAAAUGCCGGCAAGGAUGGCUGGUUGUCAAAAGCGUCCAGUAACAGCACAGUUUCCACGAAAUUACCAAAAAUUAUUAACUACUGGUGUUUCAAUCCUGGUUUUGGUAUGGAACAACUUUUGAAUACACAGGUGCGAAGUAUAAUUUUAACGAGUGGCACCUUAGCGCCUUUGAAACCAUUAAUUGCCGAAUUGGCGGUACCAAUUGCACAAAGUCUUGAAAAUCCGCACAUUGUUAAUAAAUCGCAAGUGUUCGUGAAAAUUAUCGGUACUGGACCCGAUCGAGAGCAGCUCAUAUCAAAUUUUGCCAAUCGAGACAAUCCGAAGUAUCUCAGCUCUCUGGGUCAAACAGUGCUAAAUAUUUCACGUAUCGUACCCGAUGGUCUACUCGUGUUCUUCCCCUCCUAUCCAUUGCUGAAUCAGUGCGUAGACGCUUGGCAGGCCAGCGGACUUUGGGCCGAAGUAUCUCGACAUAAACCGAUUUUUGUGGAACCACGCAGUAAAGAUAGCUUUACAACAACAAUGGAGGAAUUCUACAAAAGUAUACGUGAUGCAAAGGGUGCUGUUUUUAUGGCGGUAUGUCGCGGUAAAGUAUCCGAGGGUCUCGAUUUCGCCGAUCGUAAUGGUCGCGCGGUGAUUAUUACUGGCCUACCAUUUCCUCCACUGAAAGACCCGAAAGUGAUUUUAAAGAAACGGUACUUAGAAGAUAAUCGAACAAAAGAGAAUGAGCUGCUAACAGGUCAAGCAUGGUACAGUUUAGAGGCGACUCGUGCCGUUAAUCAGGCUAUCGGACGUGUCAUUCGUCAUCGAAAUGAUUAUGGCGCAAUCUUAUUGUGUGACAUGCGUUUUGCACAACCUAAUCAGGUAUCACAGCUGUCCAAAUGGGUCCGUGGACAUUUAGGCCCAGCACCGAAAAGUGUACCCUUCGGUUCGAUUGUGAGAGAAUUACGUGAAUUCUUUCGAAAUGCAGAUAAAUCUCUUCCAAAACCCAAAGAGCGCAGUAUCGAAUCUCUAGUUAGCGAAACGUGUGAGGAAGCCGGUAUUGUACAAAGUCGUUUCUUUUCUGAUCCAAAGAAGGUACUUGAAGCGAAAAAUAAGUUUACAACGGCACAAACAAUGGCGAUGAAAGUUGAGAAAACCAAUUCAAUCGAAAGUUGGACACCUGAUGACUACAAAAUGGCCGCAGGACGGUCCCAAGAUAGUAAAGUACCGAACGCUAUGGAUUUUAUGAGUCGACUAGACAAUAACGUGAAGUCUAUAGAUUUCAAUAGUGCCAGCUGCAGCAAUUCGCCACGACAUAAUCAAGUUAGUUUAUAUAAACGUGAGCGAAUUUCACCGACAUCCAGUCCAAGCAGCAGUGGGAGUGCAUCCCUUGCUAAUGUUAAGAGAAAACGCUAUAAGCUAGUGAAGGAUACCUCCAUUGCUGAUUCUCCAAACAGCUGCGCUUCUACAUCUCUGGAUGCAUUUGGCUUUAAAUCAAAAGCUAGAUUAUCGCUUGAACCACCAGUGGAAGUGGAAAAACAGGCACCACAGGAACGAGUGGAGUUUUUGCGCGUAUUGCGCAGUUCUCUAUCUCCUGAUGAUUUUAGCGCCUUUACGGCGGCGCUAAUGGCAUAUAGCCGUCAGGAUAAAAUCGAAGAAUUUCUAGAGGUUCUAAUACGAGUAUUGUCCAAACCGGAACUGCAUUACAUGCUGCGUGGCAUGCGUCGAUUUAUAAAAGUGAAUCACAAAGAGUUAUUUGACUCGGGAACUGCUCAUAUUUUGUCUUAACCUCACAUAUGUAUGUAUAUAGAUUAAACUUUGGUCAUUUGGUCUAAUUUUUCUCGACGCUAUAUAGUUGGCGUUUGUAAGCCCAUUAACAAUAUAUAUGUACUUCGUAAGCUACUAUAUUAUAUUUAGUAUAUCAAUUUUUAAACUUUUUGGUUUUACAAUAAUAAAAAAUACAACGCGAUAUGCAGAUAUUUUAAAAAUAAAAACGUGAAAAAUAUGGA